UCAUUCCACCUGAGUUGGCUGUUUGUUACCCAGGCAACAAUCGGAAAACAUAUGAGGCAACUACUCGAUUGAUUUUGCCAUAUUUGAAAACAACUGGAGCAGCAUGGACGACUUGAAGAUAACGCAGGAGGAUCUGCGACGGUUGCGGGAGAGCUGUCUACAGGGAAUCCGCGAGAGUGAACUCUACCAGCUGCGGAACGACGCCAAGCUUCGGGCUGUCCAUAGCACUCAGAGCUACGAGGAGUUCAAGGACAUUGUAGAUGCAGCUCAUCUGCGUCCCGUCACCAAGGCGGACAAGGACAAUGCACAGACGAAGAGUCGCCUGUGGAACUCUGCCACACGUGAAUGAAACCUAUGAUCCUUAAUAAAUAAAUUUGCACAGAGUAAUCUUCAGCAUGCUAUUUAAUUUUGCAAUAGUUCUUAGACCGAGCUGGCGGCGCUGACCACCCAGGAGCGGAGAGCAGCAACAUCGGCGUAGACACCGGGGUAGUUGGCGUAGGCGCAGCCAUAGCCCCAGGACACAACA